UCGGUUGUCCUUUCAUUGUUCCAAAUUUAGUUCAGUGUACAUUUUCAAACAGUAUAGUACAAAGUGAAAACAAAAAUUCUCCAGUAAAUAUUAAAGCAUUAAGGUUACAGAGAUGUCGAUGAAUGGAUUGUAUAUAUAAGGAAGAAUACUAGUACUACAAAUUAGAGAGCUAUAAUUCCAAAAUAUCUCAAAAUUACGAGACAUUUAAUAUAUUCUUAUACCAUGGCCAGAUAUAAUAUGCUCUUACAUUCUCUUUAUUUUUUUCCUAUUAUUGUGAUUUCUCUAUCACACGAAGAUGCCUAUCAAGCUGUCAAUAUAGAUAAUGCCAACACGUAUCGUUUACCUAACGAAACCGUUCCAAUUCAUUAUAACGUCCGAUUAAAUCCUCAAAUAUCAGAAUCCAACAAUACUUUCGAAGGUGAAAUUGGAGUCGAUUUCAAAGUCCGAAAAUCGACAACGAAUGUCGUGUUGCAUUCACGAAAUCUUUUGAUAGACGAAUCGGUGACGAGGGUAACAUCGAAUGGCAAUGAUUUGAAGUGGCAGAGGCAUAUUUAUGAUGAAAAAAGGGAUAUGUUGCAGCUUUCUUUUGAAAAUUCUCUGCAGCCUGGACUUUAUACAAUAAAUAUGAAGUUCACGGGUAACUUGAACGACAACCUAUGCGGAUUUUUCAGAUCAUUCUAUCAAGGACGUAAUAAUUCGGUGCCAUUUCUAGCGACCCAUUUCCAAAAGACGAGUGCUCGUCAAGCUUUUCCCUGCUGGGAUGAGCCAGCCCUCAAGGCCACGUUUAACAUUUCAUUGAAGCAUUUCGACAACUAUACGGCGCUGUCGAACAUGCCAGUGUCCUCUACGGAAUACGAUGAAAUGGAUGGGAAAUAUUGGACGAAUUUUGAGACCACGCCGCUCAUGUCGACCAACAUUUUAGCCUUUGUUGUCAGCGACUUCGCGCAUAUUUCUGGCUUGAACGGUACGACGAAAAUAUGGGCCAACGAGCAGGUAAUCCCCAGCGUAGGAUAUUUCAUGACGGUCCAAGAGAAAGUAACAAUGGCGCUGACAAAAUACCUCAACAGCACUAUUCGUGUACCAAAAAUGGAUCACGUUAUCGUACCUUGGUAUAGUGCCAAAGCAGCUGAAAAUUGGGGUCUGAUCAUCUACUUAGAGGCUGCAGUUCUCAACAAAUUCUCGAACGUGAUGACCGUCACUCACGAAUUGUCUCAUCAAUGGUUUGGAAACUUAGUUAGUCCAGCUUGGUGGAAAUAUUAUUGGAUGAGUGAAGGUAUGGCCACGUAUUUGAAAUAUUUUAUCACCGAUCAGAUCUUGAAAGAUUGGAAAUUGAUAGAUGCCCUGAUCGGCGAACAGAUCAAUUCUUUUCAUGCGGAUGACGUUAGCUCAGCCAUCGCCAUAAACGAAGAUGUAAUAGAUGCCAAGAGUUAUAAAAAUCUCAUGUUUGUAUAUAUUAAACCAUCAGUUAUCUUCUGGAUGCUGUCAAAUAUACUUGGCGAGGAUACUUUUCGAGAUGGAUUAAUACGCUAUAUCUCUGCACAUGAGUACAGCAGUGUUACGUCGGACGAUUUAUGGGAAGCAAUGCAGAACGCAUUGGAUCGAUCGGACACGCCUCAUUUAGAUUUUCGGGUGAAAGAUGUGAUGGAUACCUGGAUAGAGCAAACGGGAUAUCCUUUGGUAACGGUAACGCGUAACUACAGUACAGGUGACACAAUUAUACGCCAAGAACCAUCCAUAUUUAGCGAGGACCAAACUAGGAAACAAUGGUGGAUCCCAAUAAAUUAUGCAACCAAAUCUGCGUAUAACUUUUCGGUAACGAAGCCUAUGUAUUUCUUGAAACCCGACGAUAAAGACAUAGUGAUUCACGGGAUCCAUGUUGAUGACUGGAUAAUUGUUAAUUUACAACAUACCGGUUAUUAUCGCGUUAACUACGAUACUGCAAACUGGCAAAAAGUCGCCAAUUUUCUAAAUACCGGCGAUUACCAGAAGAUACACGUAGGGAAUCGCAUACAACUGAUGGACACAGCAUUCCAUUUGAUGAAGUCGAACAAAUUUGCUAUCCACCUUUUCAUGGAUCUGACUAACUAUCUUCGUCGAGAAACGGAUGGUAUAGUUUGGAAAUAUGCGUUUACCAUGCUGAGACAGAGUGAAAAGUAUAUAAGAUCUCCUAAAGCUGAAGGAAAGUUAAAAUCACAUGUACUCGAUUUAAUGAAGGGUCUCCUCGAGACUCUGAAUUACGAUGAGAUGUUGCUCAACGGAGACGAUUUCUUCAGAGACGUAAAAAUCGAAGCUGCAACGAUUGCUUGCAGAUUCGGUAAUCCCGAAUGCAAGGCAAAAGCUAAGGCCAGAUUGCACGCGUAUCUCGAAGAUCCAGAAACAAACAGCUUGCGAAACCUUCAAAUUGGUAUAGUAAACUCGAAUAAACUUGUUAUUUAUUGACACGUUUUACAUGGAUACAAAGUGACGGAUUAGAUGACCCGUAACAUGGGAAGUUGCAGUGAUUUUAAUGGUUAAAUGCUUGAUAUUGUGGUAUG